UCUUCAACACUCUCUCUACGAUCACCAUUCCCGCUACCUGUAACAUUCAUUCUCUCUCUUUUCUUCAACACUCUCUCUACGAUCAAUUCUAUAUCGAUCUUUUGUUCAAUCAAUUCUGUGUUGUUUGCUGUAACAAGAAUGACGAUACCACUUUCAAUGGUUGAUGAUGUUGCUAUCUUUGAUUUAUGUCAACAACAUCACGGCCACAACAUGUUACCUGUCUAUGUUCUCUUUGAUUCUCGUACCAUGUCUCACAACCACCCAACAAGAACACCACACUGGUCUGUCAUAGAUCAAGCUCGUAUCGCCAGCAACCUCAACAAUGUUUCAUCAACCGUGUCUGUGGUAGAUGAAACUGUUAUCUAUGAUUCUCCUAUGGGCAAUGUUCCAAGAAGAUCAAGGAUUAAUCAUCAAACGGGUCAUCCCCGCCACCACCACAACAAUGGUACUAGAGCUUCUCCACCUGUGAUCCGUGUUCAAAAUACUAGACCUUCUCCUGUGGUGAUCCCUGUUCAAGAUACUUCGCAACAUCUCACAACAUCCACAACAGAUGCAGAAUCCAUCUGUUGCAUUUGUCUUGUUGACUUGUCUAAUGGUUCUUCCACGCCAAUUCGGUUGCGCUGCUCUCAUCUAUUUCAUAGCCACUGCAUUCAAAAAUGGAAUAGCAUUAAGAAAACUUGUCCACUCUGUCGCGCCAAUGUUUAAUUUUCAUACAAUCAUACUACUACUUGUGUUUAGGUUUGAUUAGCUAGUAUUACCACACAUUCCUUCAAGCCCUCUUACCUAUGAUACAUGUCUCUUGGAGUUCUGUUUGUUAGUAUCAGUUCUACAUAAAACAUAUAUGUCCUUUUGUCUAUCUUUUCCUUAUUCUCUGUCAAUAUGUGCUGUGUCUUUUCCUUAUUCUCUGUCAAUAU